CCAAAUAUUGUAUAAAGCAGCCCAAGUCACGUGCGGUCUGGCGCCGAUCACCAAAACCCUCGCCGCCGCUUCCGACCGCCGUAGGUAUUAAAAUUUCUGCUCAUUCUUCCGGCGACGUAGAGUACGGACUACGGUGAAGGUUCAACGCUCUUCUUAUACCUUAUGAUCCUUUCUAUUCGACCAGAGUGAAAUUUCUUUGCUCGGACUGUUCUGCGUGGAGGUCUAAGAUGAGCAAUGCCUUUGGAAAUGGUGCAGCAAAUGCCAUGAAGAAUGAAGCAGGUCCUAAUUUCAUUGGAUACUUUAAACAUCUUACAUCGGAGCUGCUUAUGGACAGCGAGAUGCUUCAGAUACCUUUUCCCGAAUUCAAGAAAGAGAGGUUGAAGGCAAUUCUUAAUGAAAGCGUGGACUGCCUAACACAAGAGACUGACCGGAUAAAUGAUCAAAUUAUAGCAAAGCUUCAUAUGGAAUUGGAUUCAAGUGAUAAGAAAAAGUUAUCAAGCCAUUCACAUAAAUCAGAUGAACGCAUUAAUGGCAGCAGUAGAAAGCGCAAAGCGUCGUCCAUUGCCUCAAAGGAUAGUGGAGAUGCUAACAUUCUUAUUCAAAAUCCUAUUGGAAAGGUGCACAAUGACCCUCAAGUUCUUCAAGGGAAUGCUGAAAUUGGUAAAGAUUUGCAGAAAAAUUCAGCUGAGUUACAAGAAGAGCUAGACAAGAUGGAGCAAGGUCUUGAGGAGUUUAUUAAUGACAUCUUUUCUAAGUGCAGACCAAUGAGCGGUGCUGAGAAAGAACUGCUUGGCAGACUGAUAAAGAAGCUCCCUGAAAAAGCAUUUGAUCGAGUAGUAGAAAUAGUUCUACGCAACAAACCUUCAGAAGCAGAACCUUCUGAAGUCUUUGUGGAUUUGGAAACACAGGAUAAUAUUACUUUGUGGAGGCUAUACUACUACGUUCAAACUGUGCUUAAAGUAAACAAACUCAGCAACCGCGGUCCGAUUCCAUUCCCAUUGUCCUCCAUCAGCUGGCGUUGCAACAUAUAGUUAAUUUUGAUUUGUUUGAUAUGUUGGC